CAGAAUGCCACCUCUGUUCAACUCCCGUUCAGGCUUGGAGUUGGAGCAAAUACAUCCAUUAUAGUAGGCCUAGUUUAAUGCGUUAAUUUUGUUCACGCCUGUAAAAGCGCACACCGGUUCGUAAAUAGCUCGUCAUUUUUAGAUGCUUUGCUUACAAUGGCUAUGAGUUAGAAUAUCUGGAGUACCGGCGUGUCCAAUGGCCUCCGAAGUGACAGUCCCGAGCGCAGCUGUCGGCCAGAGGCUAGCGCACAGCAAUACCUCCACUAGGAGCCUGUGGUUGGUUCUCUGGACAUCAGGGGGUGAAAUAGGAAAUCCUGGGGACUUCUAUCUCUAUUGUUUAUUUUCUAUCCCAUGCCAAAUGUAAAAUUGCCAGCAUACAAGGUGUGCGUAAUGCAAUGGAAACAAUGGACGCGUCCGAGAAGAAUCUAACUCACCCAAAGGACACCGAUGUGUUAAAAAAGCGCAUACCCGAUAGCAAGGAUACCACUGGGACGGAAGAUGAAUCGAAGUACGUUGAAUUGAACGAUUUACUUGAUUUGGAUACAGACGGCACGAAAACUGUCAACGUUUCUGUCACCAGUGAAGGAAGCCAAAUGGCGAUUGACGCGGGCAACGGGGAGUCGAGCGCAGAAGAAGAAACUGCUGGAUACGGAGACAUGGCGAGUAAGAUGACUGAUCAUAUCAACAGUGACACAUUUAAGGAGGAUAUUGUCGCAAAGAAGUGUGCCAAGGGCUAUCUAUCCGGGUUUCUUGGAACUGCCUGCUGCUCCAAGGUUACUAUUCUGAAUGAAAACAUUAUGGCCAGCACCGAAUCACAACGAGACGUUGGUAAUGGAGCGCACACCCGAGAUUUUACCCCAAAAGAGGACGCAGAAAAUACACCUGUUGAUGAACAAAAUGACAAUGAAGAUUUACAAUACACUGACAUGUUAAGCGAGCAAAGUGAAUCGGGUGAUGACAUGAGCUUGGUGCUGUCCGGUGAUUGUGAUGAUUGCGCGCCUUGCAGUAGGAAGGAUGAGUCUCAUUACAUAACCUCGCACGAGAUCCAGCUCUCCGAGCUUUCAGAUCACGAUGUCGACUGUGAUAUCGAGCAGGGUUGGGAUGAUAACCAGGUCUACUCUUUUGUCGAUUAUGCUGCUUUUGACGGUGAUGGAACGACGGCAGGGAGAGAGGAGAGGGUGAAAAGCAAUCAGGGUCUGGCUAAUAGAGGACCAGCAGUCAGCACUAAGAUGGAAAGUGAUCUCGGUGACGGUGACAAGUGCGCCAUCUCAGAGAAAGGUCUGUCAAAGAACCAAAAGAAUGUUGCAGGGCAGAUCCACCUGUCAAUCAAAACGACUUCCCGAGUUAUAAAUAAGCCUAGCAACGUCCAAGAAAAUCAAAAUAAUCUUUAUUGUGCCAAGCACGCCGCAGACAUGAGUCGCUAUGUUUUCAGAGUAACUGAGGAUGCCUCCCCCGGACGCUUGCACUUUGGUGGCAAAUUAAAAGGGAAAGAUGUUAACGACUAUUCGAGCGGAGCAUCCAGCGCCUUCAGUGAUCUUGACGACGCCGAUAAGGAAGUGCGCAACUUGACUGCCAGAGCGUUCAAGAGUUUAGCAUACCCUUAUUUCGAUGCCAUCAAUUUCAGCACCUCCAGCGAGGGGGGGGUGAACAGGUAUUCCUUAAAGAGGUGGGGGACAUGUAUCAGAGACAAAUAUGGCAACAUGGGACCGAAUAAAAGUUUUAAUAAACGUUCUACGUCAUCCUCUGAAAUUGCUAAGGUUAAAGACAAUAAAGGUUAUAAGGGUUUGGUAUUGGCUAAUACUAAACCGCACACGAACAAGCUCUUUGCUUUGAAUGGUGCCCUUUCUGGUCACUAUAACCCAUCUUCUGCAGCAAAGAAAUGUGAGUUUACGGGGGAAUUUGGGCAGGGGCACAGUGGGAUUAUUACGAUCACAGAAACAUUAAAUGUUUGUUGUAAUGUCACAUCCGGGAUGUCUGGGAGUGAAAGGCGCUCAAAAUGUGCAAAAAACGCAACCGGAUCACGUUCCACAGAUGAAGUUACCAACACAUUGCCAAGCGGCCAGGGGAGUGAGAACAGGAAGCAACCAUGUAAUGCAGGGGAAACCAUGGAAGACACACACAAGAAAGCAACAUUAGCCUCGAGCCUUCUUAAAAAUGUAAUUUCUAAGAAAAUGCAGUUUGAGCAGGAGCGUAAAAUGGAGAGGGGGGAGAUAAGCGAGCCCUAUCACGCGCCAUCUCCCUUUCUCAAACAAGAGCCCGAAAUUACGCACAGGGAGAGGGAUAGGACUACACCAAAGGAGCCUAAGGAUUUUCAAAGGCAGAACUCGAAAUACUCAGAGGCGAGUUCUGACCUAACUAUUGUUUGUGUGGACGAAUUAGGGGAUUUAGUGGACACCAGCUCAUGCGAUGCCAAAGACGACUGUCGGAGACAAGACAGUUUAAUUAUUGCAUCAGAAACUAAUUUAGAGUCGACAAAUGAAGUAGGAAUCGAUACUAAAAUAGGAGCAUUCGAAGCGUCCAAAAGCACGCUGCUUCGAAGUCAAAAUAGCGCAUUCAGAUCCUGGAGGGACGGUGAGCUAGAGUUUCAAAAGGAACAUAAAAACGAUAAAACUCCAGAGGAGAAACCGUCUUCGUCCACCGACAACCAGGGGGAAACGGACUUGUACACCGAUCCAGGCAACAGUAAACUUACCAAAAUGACACAUUUGCUUGUGCCAAAUAUCCAACUACUACUAUCCAAUGAGAUAGAAGUUUCAAAACCCCUGCCGACUAUGAAUUAUUUAACCCGCGCGCCCACGGAUCAAGGAGAGGAAGGUGUGAAGUUGCGCACCAACAACGUCGCGGAUCCUAGAAGUAUUGUAACAUCUACAUCCCCGGAAAUUAAAAUCAGUUUACGGAGUGUAAAAGAAAACAAAGGCGACCCUUUCAACGUCGCAAAGCUGGUGCCUCCCAAUAUAGGCUGUAACUCAGUCAAACUGAUAAAGCCAGGAGACGAGUCCAGGUGCCAAGCGCUCGCUACCGCAUUGAAGGGUGAGUCUUCCGAAAAAGUACCACACUUCAUGGUCAGAGACAUACGAGACCACAGGGCUAAGCUGCAAACACCUAUACACACAGUUAGAGAUGUACGUCAAUUGGUUAAAAGUUCUUAUCACUUUGUGUCUUUGGAUAAUAACGUUACCGCCGGCGACUUUCACUCAGAUCAGAAACUUUCCAAAAAGGCUUCUUAUAGAAACCCUUCGUCGCUUCCCCCCAUCAAAAUAAAGUAUCAGUCUGUGAAUACCAAUAGCAAUGUGAAUGGGAAGCAAUCUGUAAAUCAAACAGAGAAUUCUACAUUUAAACUCAAGGAGGAUUCAUUUGAAGUUUUCAGGUCAUCACCCCAGCAAGAGGCGGCCAAAAGCAGCAUCCGACGAUCGUCAGGGAGAGUGCCAUUAGGCAAUACAAAACAGCUGAAAGGUGAUUCGUCCGAAUGCCCCAUUGGACUUCUAAUUGAAACCAGCACAGCUUCUAUAAGACAUGAGAAAACACUGGACAUCGGUGACAAGACAAAACCUGAGUCUAAAUUGUCCAACCUGGCUGCAUUCGAGAAAUUACAGGAUGCAGUCAAAACCAUGGAGCAGUUGUAUGAGUGGAAAAGGAAAUCCAAGCCACCCUCUAUAUUAUCAGCCAGUCAUGCGCUCUCUCUCAUAUCCAGCAAGGAGGAUGGGUCAGAGAAGGAGGGAGUGAAUGUGGCCAAUGAGGGGGCAAGGGAGAGGUUGAGAGAGAGGGAAAGGGCCAACAGUAUGGAGGCAGACAGGCCCGUCCAGUUCAGCAGAGCCUCUGCCGAGCCCGAAAACUGCCUCACUACCCCCGUCAAGUCUCACGACACCAGCGCCAAGCAAGCCACCGUGUCUGCCGGCGGUGGCUAUGAGAAUACAGCCAUUUAUACCUUCGCCACCACGGGCGUCAAGACCCAGACCCAGACAGCCAGCCCACCUGGUCAUGGUGGCGCCCGGAAGCAGGAAGAGACCCGACAGUCUCCACAGAAACGCUCCACCAUCAUCAUGGAUACGAGAGCCCAGGACACGUUAACCGCCAUGAUCUACCACAUGCCCAUGGCUCAAAGCAUGGCGUCUGCCCAACUUCAGAUGCACUGCUUCUCCCCGGCCAUGGCCUCACAUGCCGUGCCCCACACUCAGAGAAAGAUGCUCUUUGACCCCAGCACAGGGAACUACUACCUGGUGGACACCCCUGUCCAGCCGGCCACCUGCCGCCUCUUCGACCCCGAGACGGGACAGUACGUAGAAGUGCCCAUCUCCCAGCAGCCCAUGUCCCCCAUGCCCAUGUCCAUGCCCCAAAUGCCGCCCGUGCCCAUUUCCAUGCCCGUCUCGCCCUUAGCCCUGAGUCCCAGAUCCUACGGCCCCACCUACACGAUCUACCCAGGUUUCAUGCCCGCCAUUCCCCCCCUGAUCCCCACAAGGAUGUGCCUUAGACCGCUGCACCACUCAGGAGGCCCGCUAUAAUUUUUCUAUUGAAAAUGAAUGAGCCAUUGUCUUGAAUACAAAUUGUGCAAUAUCUGGUUUGGUUUGCUAUACAAUACUUAUACUGAAAUGAGUAUGUUGUUGCCUGUUUAUUCUGAGUAUGUUUAUUACUGAAAUGUCAUUAAGUGUUGAGAAUUUUGCCCUGUCACAUUUAAGUGCUCUUAAUAUACAGUAGGUAAGAGGUGAAUGAUUAGACAUUUCAUAAGAACACAAGGUAUGCAGUGAGGAAAGUAUUAUCCAUUUUUAUUGUUUUUAUAGUAACAGGGACAGAGCAAUCUCACAUUUAUGAACUGAAGUGUGUUUUGGAAAUAUUUUCUAUCCAGACCCCUAUACAGUAUAUGCAAGCAUAUUACUGUUCUAUAUUGAUGUGUAUAGCAAACCACAUGCUUUCGGAACUGCUGGCCAGUCAAUUUUCUCCCUUUAUGAGUAUGUUUUGGGAUUGCUAUUUGAUAUUUCUUAUGCAGGAUAACCCACUGACACAAUUUAGGGCUCUAUUCAAUCCGUAUCGCGGAAGUUCAGCGUUACAGCGUGAUUUAAAUUGAAAAACAAUGUUCCCACGUUAGAGAGAGACUGCAUUCAAUGUCGGCUCAAUCAGAAAUUACCUUUACGUUUCUAUCGCGCAAUCUGUAACACUUCAGCAAUCCAGAUUGAAUAGAGCUCUUACUUUUAUAAUUGUACUUGUCUUCGUAAAUUAAACAUUGCUCUGUGAAAAAAAAAUACAAUUGAUUUGCAGCAGUGGAAUGUUUCAGGGUUGUCUAGGGCUGGAUGUUUUGUAACCCAGUACACCUUUAUAGGUUUUGUUGGAUAAAAAAAAGGUGUCACAAUCUUUUGGAGGUGCCAUUGUGAAGGGAAGUGUGUGUGCUAACAAUUGGACAGAAGGACUAGAGAAUGUUGAGGGUAUGCACAAAGUCUAAAAAUAAUGGUUGAAAGAAAGAAUAAAAAAAUAACAUUUGUGUCUUUUAAAUAUGGAGAUCUCCUUCCACCUGACCUUAUGGACAUAGAACAUGAGGGAAAAAGAAAAGAUUCAGAUGAUUUUUUUGUGAAGUAGCAAAGGAAUAUAAUUGGCCUCUACUGGCCACAGGAAAUGUAGAUAACCAGUGUCAGUUAAAGAAAACAAACACAGCACAGAAUACUUUAUGGCGUAAAAUAUGUUGCUACUGCGAAUGAAUGUGUUUUUGCAAGCAAAUAUACAUUUUGAGAUUUGUUCAAUAAAUUUGAAAUAGU